AAGUAUGUCUUCCUGUACCCUAGCAUUUCUGCUAUGUGAGCUGUGUUAUCAAAACAAAAUCCAUGCAGGUGAGGGCUGAAUGUUUAGUCUGUGAAGAUAACAGGAGCAGGAAGUGAGAUACAAUGUGGGGAAAAUACACCGAGGAUUUUUGUCGAGUUGAAAUCACAUCAAUUCACCAUGGUCUGAAGCAGCUUGCUUGUGUCAUAGAGGAGAAGUUUUCUGUUAUAAAGAGACUCAGUCAAAACUUGUAUCAUCCGCGAUGGAAAGGUUUGUGGCUUGCAUCUCUACAAUCCUCGUGGUAAUAAUUUCACGGGAAAGUGUCACAGCAGGAACAAACAAUGCGUGGGAGUUCACGUGCAACAUUACAAGUGGCAUCACUGGCUUUUCAUGGACUAUACUACAGCCAAGUAAUAUAUCACAAACACUUUCAAAUUGCAACAUUUCAUCUCAGUGGUGUAGUCGAAUUGAAGGAUGUGAAGCCAUCGCUACCAUCAGCGGUCUAACAAGUUUAUUGAACAUUUCUUCCUCUUUUCUUAACACCGGACAAGUGGCAUGUACCGAAAUCAAAGACAGUAGGACAAUCAAACACAUUCUAACCUCACAGGGCAUCCUAUAAACUGGACCUGUGACCCUCACCCUGUGCCAGAAUCCACCAGGGGGCUUAGCUCCACACUGCAGUCUACCAGUAAAGUAUUUACAACUACAACCGUCGGUGAUACGUCCACAACCACCAGUAAAGUGUAUCCAGCCACCAGUAAAUCAUCUACAACCAUCAGUGAAGCAACUACAACCACCAGUAAAGCAGCUUUAACUACGUGGACAAAACCGACAACGCUUAUUGAAACAUCCACCAUAGUAAUUGGAACAUCUACAAUCAUGGAUACAGUGUUUCCAACCACCAGUGAAACAUCCACAACUAACAAUGAAUUAUCCACAACCAUCAGCGAAGCGUCUACAACCAGUAAUAAAUCAACUACAGGAACACGCGAAACACCCGCAACCACCAUUGAAACAUCUACAACCAGCAGCACAGCAUCAACCUCUACCACUAAUGAAGCCUCAACUACCAAUGAAAUAUUAUCUACGCCCAUUGAAGCACCAGUAACAAAAGUAUACACAGUUUCUGAUACAUCCUCACAGAUCACUUCACCACAAAAUUCCAUUUACUCACGUGACUCAGGUGGAGGCGCUACGGCAGGAGCCAUUGCUGGUACCGUGGUGGGAAUAAUCCUCAUUUGUGUUAUUGUGGCUUUCGUCUUUGUCAUCUACAAGCUACGACAAAAAAGAAAUACCUGUCCUCCUAGUGAUCAAACUUUUCCGGAUGAAACUGGUGUUGCUGAUUGCGUGAAUCCUGUUUACCAACCCUCUGAAGCCAUCUCACCAUCACCAGCUGUUCAGAUCCCUGGAUCCAGCAGUGACCUCAGCCAGGGUCAGGCAACAGGAACAGUUUUAUCAGACGAAGUCGGUCAGUAUGUUGGGAUAUCGAUGACACCCUCAACUGCAUCAUCUAACCAUGAAAUACGCAGCAAACCAUUGAAACCAGGACGAAAAUUCCUCUCCAAAAGCGCCUACAUCCCCGGGUCUACUCCUGAGACUGGAGGAGACGUGUAUGCUGUUGUUGACAAGAAUAGAAAAAGUAAUCUCAUCACAGACAAUAAAGAACCGCUUUCCACGGAGAAAGUUACUGAUGGACUCUAUGCUGUUGUUGACAAAACUAGAAAAAGCAAUCUCAUCACAGACAAUAAAGAACUGCUUUCCAAGGAGAAAGUUACUGAUGGACUCUAUGCUGUUCCUGACAAAUUUGCAAAACCACCAACUGGUACAGAUCAGGCUCGAAGAUUGAUUGAUGAAAAUUCAAAGCAUGAUGUUCCUUCUGAGUCGCUUAACUAUUCCAUGAUCUCUGAUAUACCUUAUAAUAAAGCAAAUCCCGAUAGAGGUAACAAAAUGUUAAGUGAGGAAGUUUAUACUGAAGUCAAAAAGCCGAUGAAACCAAUAAAAGUAAAACCUGAACUAAAACCUAAACCAGACCAGAAAGUAGAACUGUACGCAGAAGUCAAAAAACGACAUGAGAGAAGUGACAACAACUCGGGAAGUUCUCAAAACAAAGAUGCACAUCUUGAAAGCAACAAACGAAAAACAAUCUGGUAAUUUAAAAAAAAGUUGGUCGUAGAACUUUUGUUGGAGACAUUUUUUAAACCUUCAUGGAUUGCUUAUCAUAUAUAUAUAAUCACUCGCGCGUGCGUGUGUCUGUCUAUGUGCGUGUUCCUGGUUGUAAAAUAUAUUUUACCGUACAAAUAUAGAAGAAAUAUUACGACACAAAAUUUCAAUGUUUGGACUUCCAAUAAACGGAAUGUAACAGAUUUUUUAAAUUAAACACCUGAAACACAAAUUUGAGCAUGAUGAUCAUUAAAUAAUUGGUUUUAAUGUUCUACUUACACCUCGAAUUUCAGUGUUUAUUCCCUUUGUAUUCUCUCUGCUUUUUGACUUUUUCAAUCUGUAUUGAAACUGUAAAAAUUUGUCUAUAAUUAUACACCAAUAUUCAUAACUUCUUGUUGUAUUCAGACUUUUAUUGUAAAUGAAUGCAAACACCUUCCAAAAGGUUUAUAUACACUGCAAGCUUUAAACACAUAUUCUAUAAUGUGCAGAAUCAUACUAUUCUAUUCAUUCUACUUUCGGAUUGCUCUUCCUUGUGAUUUUUCUCUUUUAAUUGUGUUAUCAAAAACUAGCUAUAUGUAAAAAUCAGAUCGAUGUAAGGUUGGGAAAGAGAUGAAAUUGAUUAAAAAAUCGUUUUAAAGAGUCUUCUUUUUUAAACAUGCAAGUGUGUGUGUGGGUGUGUUUUGUGUGCCUAAAGUCGAUUCUCAAAUUAAAAUAAAAACUGUAUUAUCUGCUUAUAAAACCAUCGUAACCUGAGCAUGUAAAGCCAUGUGGUUGUCACCGUGUAUGUUUGUUUGUGUGUUGCUUUUUUUGGCUGACAGAGAGAAGAAAAGUGUGUAUGUGUGUUUGAGAGAGAGAGAGAUCGUCAAAGACAUUCAUCUGGGCUGACUAAAUAAAUGAAGUGUUUACCGGAUAUUGCUACUGUUUGCCUUACAUAUAAUAAUACGCAGAUUGUGAUGACUUCACACACGGCGUCCUUGUUUUAUGUUGCCCACCCUGUACAAGUAUGUCUUCCCUUACCCUAGCAUCUCUGCUAUGUCAGCUGUGUUAUCAAAACAAAAUUAAGGCAGGUGACGGCUGAAUGUUUAGUCUGUGAAGAUAACCGGAGCGGGAAGUGAGAUACAAUGUGGGGAAAAUACACCGAGGAUUUUUGUCAAGUUGAAAUCACAUCAAUUCGCCAUGAUCUGAAGAAGCUUGCUUUUAUCAUAGAAGAGAAGUUUUCUAUUCGAAGAGCGACGUAGAAGGAAGAGAUAUCGUUCGCGAUGAACAAGUUUGUGGCUUGUAUCUUUACAAUACUACUUGUAAUAAUUUCAGGGGAAUGUGUCACAGG